AUGCUGGGCAAACGCUUCAGCCCAGCCCGCGUCCUUCCCAUCCUCAUGUUCAGCUUCGGCUCCUUCACGCUCUUGUCGUCGGCAACUAAGAACUUUGGUGGCAUCUUUGCUCUACGAUGGUUCCUCGGCAUGUCAGAAGCCGCCUUCUUCCCUCUCGUUAUCUACUAUCUCACCACAUUUUACCGUCGUGGUGAACUUGCCCGCCGUCUUGCCAUUUUCUACGCCGCAUCGAACAUCGCAAACGCCUUCUCCGGCCUCAUCGCAUUCGGUGUCUUCCAGAUCAAGAACUCUUCUAUCCCAAACUGGCGGUACCUCUUCAUCAUCGAAGGUGCCGUGACCGUCCUCUUCGCCAUUUUUGCUUUCUGGUACCUCCCCCGCAGCGCUAGCGAAGCCAAGUUCCUAUCUGCCGAGGAGAAAGCGCUCGCCUUCCACCGAAUCCAAGUAGAUUCCAGCGCGGUCGUCAACGAACAAUUCCGGUUCCGCGAAGCCAUCGCUAUCUUCAAACACCCGUCCACAUAUAUUUUCCUGGGAAUUGAGAUCUGUCUCGGCGUGCCGCUACAAGGCGUCGCGCUCUUCAUGCCCCAGAUCAUCGAACGUCUCGGUUUCUCCACCGUCAAGACAAACCUCUACACUGUCGCCCCGAACGUCACGGGAGCUGUCAUGCUCCUGGUACUCGCCUUUGCGUCAGACGCCGCCCGUCUGCGAUCCCCCUUCAUCGUGCUAGGCUUUCUUUUCACCUUCACCGGCUUCAUGAUCUACGCGUCGAUUGAUGACGUCGAGGGCAGAAUCCGAGUCGCCUACUUCGCAACAUUCAUGAUGACAUGGGGCACGUCUGCACCCUCCGUCCUGCUAUCAACCUGGUACAACAAUAACAUCGCGCACGAAGGUCGUCGUGUGCUACUGACUAGUAUCGGUGUCCCGCUUGCAAACCUAAUGGGUCUCGUAAGCAGCAACGUAUUCCGCACCGAAGACAAGCCGAAAUACAUGCCUGCGUUGAUCACGGUGGCUGCGUUUGGCGCGACGGGCGCCGCGUUGGCCGCCUCGUUGGGCCUGUUCAUGUGGUUCGAUAAUAAGCGACGGGAUCGCAGAACUGGACGGUCUGUUCGGGCGCAGGAUGUACCGACGGAGAGGCUGCGGGAUGGACCGGCUUGUGAGGAGUUUAGGUGGUUUUUGUGA